GCUGCAACCCGACCUCGCCACCUCGCUGGUGCCAGCCGCGGCCCGCAGCACUCCGCUCCUCCUUACAAGCAGAAACAGCAGCGGGCUGCCAACCGCGGGAGCUUCAGCAACAGCGGUCGGCCGCGCGCGGAGCUGAAAUCCAACAAUUGAAGGUAUCUUUUUCAGGGUGAAGUUCCAGUAUCUUCAUGUCAAUGAAGAGCAGGAUACCUCUCAUUCUUCUAGCUUGUGGCUCCUUUAACCCCAUCACAAAUAUGCAUAUGCGUUUAUUUGAGCUGGCUAGAGAUCACCUGCAUCAAACAGGAAGAUACCAAGUGAUUGAAGGCAUAAUGUCUCCUGUCAAUGAUGCCUAUGGAAAGAAAGGCUUGGUUUCAGCAAGGCAUCGGAUAGCAAUGGCCAAAUUAGCACUGGAGACAUCUGAUUGGAUUCGAGUUGAUCCAUGGGAGACUGAGCAGGAGUCAUGGACAGAGACAGUAAAAGUGUUAAGGCACCAUUACAAUGAGUCAGUCAGACUGCUCCAGUCCAAGAAGGAAUUUGUGAAAAACAAACAGCCCACAGAAAGAUCUACAGGAAAUUUCAUUUCUUCUCAGUGCUCAGUUACACCGGAACUAAAGCUGCUCUGUGGGGCUGAUUUUCUACAUACGUUUCAGACACCCAAUCUCUGGAAGAAAGAGCACAUCCAAGAAAUCUUAGAACAGUUUGGUUUGGUCUGUAUAAGCCGUGCUGGCUCUGAUCCUGCUCAGUACAUCAAUGAAUCAGAACUUCUAACUAAAUUUCAGCACAAUAUCUUUCUAGUGAAAGAAUGGAUUCAGAAUGAAAUCAGUUCAACACAGAUACGCCACGCCUUGUGCAGAGGAUUAAGUGUAAAAUACCUCAUACCAGAUUCUGUCAUAGCCUACAUUGCUUACCAUAAUAUCUACACAGAAGAAAGUGAGCGGAAGAAUGAAGGUGACUUGCUUCAGCCUCUGAAGUUGCAUAACACAGCGGGUGCCUUCAGCUAUCCUGUGAGUUAACAGCAAGCUCUGGAGGAUUGCUCUAUCUUUGGUUUUUCUUACACUCGGGAAAGAAGAAGGAAAACAGGCAAAGGCCUGACUGUGGGCCUCAUGUAGCUUCUUAUUUUACUUAAACAGGACUGCAUAAAACCAUGAUAUACUAGAAGGGUAGAUUCAACAGAUAUGGAAAACUAGCUACUCACUUGUCUGAAAGAGAGUAGCUGCUACUACUUCACACUGAAUGAGUGCCAGCACUUGACAUUUUCUGUAUUGCCACUAAAAUGCAAAUUGUUUUCUAACCUAAGAGUACACAUUUGGCUCAGAAUUAAUAAAAUAUAGAUAAGUACGUUUGGGAAGUGUGAUAACUUGCACUGCUGAAAUCAGCAUACAGACUUCAAGGACUUUUGGUCUAAUGUACUGGAACUACUUGGAUAUUAUCCCUUUGAAAUAAAGAACUCUGCUCAUGUAGGA